UGCUUAGACACACCAGCGCGGAAUACAAUAUGCUUGAAAUUUCUAUUAGAAAAGCUAUCAAUAAGCUUACAAACAAGCUUGCUAGCAAUGUGAACUUUACUCGUGCAGAAUGUGAGGCCUUGCUUAAUAUGUUUGUGAAAUUUGAUCCCAAAAAGCCUUUUGGAAAGUUAGAUCGAAUGAAGUUUCGAGAAAUACUACAUCAUACAUUUAAGAUGACAGACGACGUUAUGAUUGACAGAAUUUUCCGUGUUUUCGACAGGGAUCUAGAUGGUGGUGUUAAUGCUCAAGAAUGGGUUAUGGGACUUUCAACAUUUCUCAGAGGAACAUUGUUAGAAAAAACCAAAUUUGCUUUUGAAGUCUACGACCUCAACAGUGAUGGUCGAAUAACCAGGGAGGAAAUGUUCCAAUUACUGAAGUACUCACUUAUAAAACAACCAACAGAUGAAGAUCCUGAUGAAGGAGUCAGAGAAUUAGUAGAAAUCACCUUUAAACGAUUGGAUGUGGAUCAUGAUGGAAGAUUGAAUUUUACUGACUUUCAACAAGCUGUUGAAGACAAUGCAUUAUUGUUAGAAAUUUUAGGACAAUGUUUUCCAGAUGAAGAGGUGACAACAGCAUUCCUGUCAACAUUCCAGGAAAUUCAGAUACCAGAAUCUGUUUAUUACAUAAAACCGGCGAAAUCAUUUAUGAGUUCUACAGCUGCUUGAUCAGUGAUGCAACACCUCUUCCACAUUAUUGUUGUCAUUACUAUUAUUAUUAUUACUUGACUUUUUUUAUACGCAUAAAACUUAGUAAUUAUUGUAGAAUUUCUAAUCGAUUUUCCUCUUUGAUCAUUGAUUGGUUGAUUGCUUUAUAUAAAUCAUGUCAGAUUUA